AUGGACAAACAGAGUGUUAAAAAGGAGUCCUGGGAGUCUCUGUCAUCUCAUUUUUCUAACCUCGAUAUCUCGCUUUCCCAAGACAGCUGCUACUCUUCAGAUGGAACUUCAGUUACCUCGAACGUUUCCACUGCUGCACGCUCGUCAGCCGUCCCGUCUUUUAUAUCUGCCGCUGCAUCAUCUCUCCCUCCAUUCCUGAACUCUAUUUUCAAGAAACCUUACGAAGUCGGUGGAGAGGAUUCUGGAUCGGAGUCUGGAUAUGGCUCAGACUCAUACGAUUAUGAGUCCGACAUUUCUAUAGUAGAUGCUGAAACUUUCUCAGAAGAUGAAGAGGACGACGACCUUUACUAUGUCCCGAGUUGGGACGAGAGAUCCAAAAUGGUACACUCUCACACUAACGCUGACAAGUCGAUCGACGAGUCAUUCAUCGGUUUUGAAUCAAGUGUCCGAUUCGACUCUAAUGUGAGCUAUAUUGACCCGCCUGCUCUCCAGGAGGAGCAGGAGGACACUGCGCCUGAAAUGACCUUCCAUGAGAUGAUGGAGAUUGCGCGAAAUUCUGGAAAUUUUCGACUUUUGAAAGAUGAUCCAGUGAACACAAGCUACGGUACUUACCAUGACAUUGAUAGCGCCAUCGUGGAAGAACUCGAGGAACACACGCGCGACAUUAUUGACCUGGAUAAACGCCUUUUCGUUGCUUACAUGAAUGGAAUGAAUGGGAUUCCGGAUGAAUGUCGAUCACAUCUUCGCCGUCGUGUGAUUGACUGUCGGCGUGGACGACUUCGCUCGCCGUUCUUUGACGAAAACAGCGACAGUGCCAGCGGUGUCUACCUCGACCAGGUGCUACGCCACGUGAUCGGUAUAUUCCCCAAUCUAGUUGUCAAGGAAGAGUUCGAUGAACUUGUGACCUUGCGUGAAGAAAAACUGGCACUAGAACACCAAUCAGACCCCGCGCCGGAGGCUAUUCAAAGGUGUGCAGAAGCCCUAUUGGGCAAGAUUGAGCACCUCCUUUCAGAAAGGUUGGCGAAGGGCAAUGUCGACAUUGGAGAUGAUGAAAUCAGCUUCUUUGCGGGAGGCAUUGCUUACGCGCUUGAAAACUGGUGCCUCUAUACCCACAAUUGA